CUAUCGACGCCGGCUUUAUCCCGCCAUUUUGGCAUUGUAGUUUCCGGUUGACAAAUUAUGCAGGAUUUUGUGGUAUUUUAGCGUGGAUUCAGUGUUUCUCGUGUUUUUUACACCAAAAUGGAUUGGCAAUUAACUUGUCGAGUAUGUCUGGAAACUGGCGAUAUGGUAUCUUUAUUCGAUUGGGAUGAAAAUAACGAACAACUUGGUGACAAGUACACUUACUGCUGUGGCGUGGAGGUGACGAAAAAUGAUUCUUUGCCCACGCUUAUCUGCCUGAACUGCGUGGACCGUUUAACAUUCGCGUUUCAGUUCAAACAGCAGUGUUUGUCGUCGAACGACACUUUGAAAGAAUGUCUCGAGGAGUUUAUGAGAAGCUCUGCCGCUGUGUCGGCUUCUUCGUCCAAAAAAACCGUAACAGAAACGGAAACAAUAAGCAUAAAGCAAGAAAACGGCCUGCUGUUGCAAUAUGAGCUGCCCGUGGAGCAUGACCCUCAGAUCCAGUGGACGCGGACACUGACCAAGACUCCUAACAAUGCUGUGGUGACUAAGGCUCCAAAGGCCAGGGGCAGGGGACGGCCGAGGAAGUAUCCUAACAAACAGGGACAGAUUGAUGUAUCACCAUACCAACGCAAGAAGGUAAAGGAACCUCAGAAAGAGCAGGAGUCCCUCACAUCGCUGCUGGCUUCUGGCUCCUUGGACCUCAAGCAGGAGCCUGCGGAAGAUGAGGAACCGUUUGACGGUGCUGACUUUGCUGGAGGUGAUGAUCCUGAUUUUGAACCUGAUGAGGAAGCGGAGUCUGAUGGAGGCACGAAAAAAGCGGUUACAACGCCACGCAAGCGGGGUCGGCCGCGCAAGGUGGUGGCAGAGAAAUCUGAAGAAGGCGACGACGGCGAGGAUAUGCUGCUGAAGGAGACCAUCAUGGCCUUCUCCGAGCCCAUCCCGGACCAUAUCCUCAACCCCAAACCGAGGCAGAAGUAUACCAGCAAGAAGCGAUAUGUUUAUGAGAAAACGCACACUUGCGAGACUUGCGGGUCCUCGUUCACGUCCAACGCGUCUCUGCAGGCGCACAUUCGACGCCAUUUGGGCAUCAAACCGUUUGUCUGCAGCGUAUGUGGCUACUCGUGCGUGAUGAAAGAAGCACUUAAGCGGCACAUGCUUCGGCACACCGGCGAGCGGCCCUACAAGUGCCGCAUAUGCGACCGGCGCUUCGGAGACUUCGGCACUAGGCAGAAACACGAGAGGUUGCACAUGGGCGUCCGUCCGUACCAAUGCUCGCUGUGCGGCAAGGCCUUCACCUACUCUUACGUGCUGGCUAACCAUAUGCUCACACAUACAGGCGAGAAGAAAUAUUCUUGCGAACCAUGUAACAAGAAAUUCACAAAAGCCCACCACCUCAAGUACCACAACAAGGUGCACCACCAGGAGCUCUACAUCCAGCAGCAGCUCGAGCUGGAAGCCAAGAAGAUCAGACAGCAGAUCAAUGUGUCCGGUCUAUCCGGCGUACUCUCCGGACAGAUAGUGGAUGGAGCAUUGCAGCUCAUACAGACUCCGGAGGAAGAUGGAGAGCAGGAGCUACAAAUGCACGUGGUGGAGGAGGCCGAGAACGAAGACAGCGAGGCCAAGGAGACCGACCGGGCCGUCGCGGGCAUGCAAGCGGUGGUGUUAGACAGCGAAUUCUCUAUGGAAGAAGACGACAAGACACAGUAAAUCAUAGAACCACUGUAAUAUUAAAUAAUUUCUUAGUUAGCCAUAAUAAAAUAAUGCCCCGUCGCAUAUACGACGCAACCCUGAGGUUGUUGCCAAUUAUUUUCAUUGGACUCAUUAUUGAAUCACCUCACAUUAUAUACCACAACAGACGCAUCAAAAUUCACAACCGGAUUGUCUAGCUCUGACAAUUUCAGAUCUGAUGUCUAUGGUCAUUUGGUCACGCAUAUCUGUAAAAUAGAAGUAAAGAAAUUUCAAUCAAAUUGUCUAUGAUCAAAAAAUGUGUCUAGAGUUAGACCGUAAAAAGUCUGCAGCGCUUUUGAUAGCCCACACAGUGCAAGUGUCAUUUUAAACGUCAAACUUCUAUGAAAUUAUGACGUAUAAAUAACACUUCCACUGCGUGGGCUAUCAAAUCCGCUGCAGACUUUUAUUGGUGCGACUAUACCGUGAUUACCUGACGACCACGGUAAUCUGUCAGAUAGAAUAAAGAUCUAAUUGUCUAUGAAACUUAAUGGGCUUGUAGCAUAUGUAUUGUCGAGGCUCUAGCGACUUCAUAUAACGAGUAGCCUUUUAUUUAUGCAGUAGCGCGACUUUCGGUAAGAUGUACAAUCGCCGUCAGAUAUAUUGUGGCGGCCGAGGUGCUCAAAAAUAAUUGAACACGUAUUCUGACGUCUAUACAAUAAAGGUGUGUACAGAUAUUUAUGUGCACCUUAGCCGCUCUGAUAUAUUCGAUUCUGAUAAACAUGACAAAUGAUAUAGAAAUAUUCCAUUUUGUUCCUGGUGGGAGCAAAUGGUAUUUAAAAAAAAAAAAUAGAAACCGUAAUCCAUUUGACUUUUUUUUAGUUUUAGUUUCUUCUGUAGUAUUUUUUUUAUAAUGUGAUUUAAUGAAAAUGUAAUAAAUAAGGAGUAUCAGUCUCCAAAAUUGAGGAUUAGCCAGUAACUGGCCUCUAUUAGUAACUGGCAGCCAUAAACUAAAAAUGAAUUCUAUUCACCUAUAAAUAAAAUUCAUUUUAGUAUAAGGUGGCCAGUUAUUGAAACCUUAUACUAAAAUGAAUUCUGUUUAUAUAUAUGGUUUGGGGUGGCCAGUUACUGGCAAAUUACCCUAUUCGACAUUUUUAUCAGUUCUUAUGUAUUUCUGUAUGUAUUAUAUGAAAUCGAGGUCAUGCCGGGUCGAAUAUUGUUUUUGGCGACAUCAAACAUGACAUUUUAUUACAUUUGUAAAUAUUCCAUUGCCUUUUAUCACUUUGAAUGUCAUACUUUUUUUUUAUAUAAUAAGUAAAUACCUAAAAUUAGGUAUGUUAUGUAUUGACGUAGCUAGUAUAAAUUAGUAAACAAGUUAUUUUAUUGUAUAUUGUCGGUUACUGUUAUUGUCUGUAACUUUUAAAUAAUACAAUCAUGGA